GCUGACUUGCUUUGUUGCGCGCUCAAAAUGUGAGCCAACACGCAUGCGCAAAGUUUACCUGCCCUGAACAUGGAUCGGCCCUGAACCACGAGGUCUUCGGAGUUUUCGCUUGGAUUUAUUGAUGUCUUGAUGUGGCAGUGUAAAUUGUGCAGGAAAGUGGUGUCAACAAGGAUGAAUGAUGAAUUUGUGAAGACUGGAGCUCUUUUCAUCCCGCCACCCAAGUUAAAAAGUGACAUUAUGCAAAGCUUGGCUUCUGAAAUCCUUAGGUACAAACCAUACCCUUCUGAUUUGGAAUUUGAUGAUGUUUGCAAAGCGCUCAUUGGUAAAUAUCCAUUUUUAAGAGAGUUGGGCUCAGAGACUGGCUAUUCGACCUGGAAAAUCACAUUAAAGCAGAAGAUGGGCAACUAUCGAAGCAGCCUCAGAAAUAUGGGAUGCAGUGAACUAAAGAUAAAUUCCCUUAAACGUAGAGGUGAUGAAAAUGUCCACCCAAAUCAGGUAAAAAAGGCACGAAGAGCCGAAGUCAACUUUUGCCCAGAUUAUCCACCUGGUGAGAAUAAAGAAAGUCAAGAGGAAGAUAGAGUUGCCCUUCUCUCUGAAAUCCAGAAAAGGAACAAUGAUGAACUGAUUAAAACAAAGAUGGAGAAAACUUUUCCAUACAGGAGACAAGAGAUUGUUCAAGACAUGCCUUUUAUUGCAGAUUUCAAAAGUAGAUGGCCUGCUCUCUUUUCACAUCGAGAGAUAAAUGCAGAGUUCAGACGAAUCACCACAAUGCCGUUGACCUCAAGGUUUAUGUCACAGCUGGAUCUUUACACUCCUAAACUGGUGAAAAUCUUCAGAAAGAAGGGAGGAAAACCUGGACGCAAGAUCACAGAAAUUAUGGCAGGAAUUGAUGAGAGAGACUCCAUUGACACAAGGAGAUGUUGUACCUUGAAGGCCCUUGCUGUUUAUCUGAAUGAAGACCCAAGCAACAUCAUAAAAGAAUACGUGGAUGUGGAGUUCCAUAAUGCCCAGCAACAAAUGCCAAAGACAGCCAUUGGCAUUUAUGCUAUCCUGCAUGAAGGGGAUGAUGGUGGAAAGGAAGCAGAGGACGUGGGAAUCAUCAUUGAGGGAGUCACUGUACUGCAAGAACUUCGUGAUGUUGCCACUGCCUUCCCUUUGCUCUUUGGACUGAUGUAUGUGCUCAACUUGAACUACCCACAGGAUCUCAAGUACACUUUUGAAUUUUUCCAGAAGAUGUUGAUGGAGCUUGAUAACAAAAAAAUGUCAAACAAAAUUCAAGUUUUAAAAAAUAAGCUUCUUGAGUAGAUUGGCUUUACCAUGAUCUAGAACUUUAUUAUUAUUAUUAUUAUUUUAGAUGGGCAGCUGUUUUAAGUUUUUACUUUGCACUAGAUUUGGGCAGUAUUGACAAAAAUUAAUGUUUUAUUUUUUGGUGAUCUCAAAUGACAUUUUAUUUACAUAUAUAUAUAUAUAUAUAUAAAAUAUACUAGUGCUAGAAUUUUGCACCAUAUGUUUUGGUUUGGAAAAAAGUUAUUUCCUAAUAUAAAUUUUAAAAAAGAAGAAAAAUGUGCCCUUUUAUACAGAUUUUAGUUUUAAAAUAUCCUGUUAAAAUGUUAAAACUGCACAAUAAAUGCAGAAUUGUUUUAAAAUGAUUUCUGAUGCUGUUCUUUGUUGACUUCUGGGAAACUUGACUUGAUUUUGUUAGCAAUAUUUAACAGUGUUGCGUCAAGCGGUUGCAUGCAACUGCAUUGAGUAAAUAUGAAUGGGCUUUAUUCAUAAUGUUAAAUUACUGUAGUAAUGUAAGUUCUAUAUAAUGGUAUCAAUACAAGUUACUUAAUCAGUGUGAAUUAGGGCUAAGAAGGCAAAUUCUUAAGAUUUACCUAAGUAUGUUGAGUAAUUAUUAUGAAAUAUAUUAUAAAGGAAUUACGCAAUGCAAUUAUGUAUUUUGUAUUCUAUAAGGUUGAGUAGUAACUAUGUAAUCAAGAUAGCUUGCAUAUAUUUAAUCCAUCUACAUGGAUCCUAUAGAAGUAUGUUAAGUUCAUACUAUAUAAGCAUGCUUCACAACAAUUACUCAAUGUGGUUGCGUGCAACCGCUUGACGCAAGGCUUUUAAGUAAAUUUAAAGAAUUAUUUUUUU